UCAGCUGCGCUCGCGCACCGUUUCUGAUUUUCCUACUCUGUCCACGGUACCAUGGCGUCCACGGAGGAGGACGGCUCGGUUGAGGAGAAGGAAAACAACAACAAGAAAAGAACAAAAAGUGCCAUUGCUGUCGCAUGGCUAACAUUUUACAACAUCGCCAUGACGGCCGGGUGGCUGGUUUUGGCUAUGGCAAUGAUACGCUUCUACAUCCAGAGAGGCACACACAAGGGGCUGUACAAAAGUAUAGCAAGGACACUCAAGUUUUUCCAGACGAUUGCAUUACUUGAGGUGGUGCAUUGUGCCAUCGGAAUUGUGAGAACGUCUGUCAUUGUGACUGGUGUCCAAGUGUGUUCACGAAUCUUCAUGGUGUGGUUCAUUACCAACAGCAUCAAACAGAUCCAGAAUGAAGAAAGUGUCAUCCUCUUCCUGGUCGUGUGGACCGUGACAGAGAUUACCAGAUAUUCCUUCUAUACAUUCAAUCUGCUCAACCACCUGCCAUACUUCAUCAAAUGGGCCAGAUACAACAUGUUUAUCAUCAUGUAUCCUCUUGGAGUGGUCGGAGAACUCAUGACCAUUUAUGCUGCUCUGCCAUACGUCCGCAAAACCGGAAUGUUGUCCAUGAGGCUGCCCAACAAGUAUAAUGUCUCCUUCGACUACUACUACUUCCUCAUCAUCGUCAUGCUCUCAUAUAUCCCACUGUUCCCUCAGCUCUACUUCCACAUGCUCCGUCAGAGGAGAAAGGUGCUCCUUGGGGAGAUCAUAGUGGAGAAGGACGAAUAAAACUGCCUCACGGUCCUCCACCUGGCUUUCGUUUUGGGAUGGCAAGUCAGCACCCCCCACAUCCAUUCAUCUUUGGUACUGCGCUAUAGCGCAAGGGACCGGGACAGUCACACAACUUAGCGUCACGGGAAUAACCAUGUAAUAAUCAAAGAAAACAGGACAAAACUUCUCAUUCACCCCAACUGGAUUAAAUGCAGACCUGCAGGCGAAACCAUUAACCGACAGGGAUAACCGUUCUCGGAAUUACCACUGAACCUAAGUCACCAAUCCAAACAGAGAAAUCAAUACAGAACAGGAGUAGUCAGCAGAAUAGUCAUCGUUGUGGAAAAAGGAAUCAGAACACUCUCUAGUGGAAUAAUUGCCAUGGUCACAUAACCGGAACAUGUUGUGUGUUUUUUCUUCUGGGUUCUGCUCUGUCUCCACUGUCAUUGCAAAUAGCUAGAUAUGGUUCGAUUUUUUAAUGAUAUUUAUCCACCUGCCUUUCACCCGAUCUGAUUCGAACAACUGCAAAGAAAUACAAUAGAAUGAAUAGAGCGUUCAAUGAUGAGUCACACACUGUACCCGCUCUCAGUGCAGCAUGGUGGGAGUCCAGUGGACCCGGGGAAGGUUGAAACCAAGGGAAAUAGGAGGUGAGAUCAUACUCCUGUUCCCUGAGCUGUUUUUUUUUUUUAAAUUGGCAGUUUCUUUUUUAAGCGUUUUCCACCACUGUGAUUUUAUUGCUAAAUAGCAUGUGGCAGCAAUCACUAGAAAUACGUUGAAAAGGAGAAAUUCGCCGUAGUAUUUUACCUCAAAAAUAAACCGACAUUUUGGCAAUA